CUUUUGAUUGUCCGGUUUCUGACUAACCAAGAGAUUUGUUUAAAUUAAAGUAAUAAACUGCAAUCAUUAGGAUCCAUAUUAACUAGAAAAGUAGCCAGUAUUAUGAAAUAUAUAUUUGAUGUACUCAAUAAACAGUGUCUAUAAAUUUUACACCAAAAUUGUUUAGUAAGUGUCGUUCGGGAAAACGCUUUUCGUUGUUCGGGAGUGCGCUUUUUGGAUUACCGCAGUGUACUUUGUAUGUUUCCGAAGUGUGCUUUCUUGGAGAUUUGUUUAAUUCAAAGGAAAAUUAAAAAAUCUGAACACCAUGGAUGAAUUUGAAACUGAUCAGCGAAUCAAGAUUAUUGAGCGAGAGUAUAUGGAUUUUUUGGACGAUGCGGAGGAUCAAGCGAUAUAUGCCACUUAUGUGAAAAAUAUGAUUGAUGAGGGUAAGCGCAGACUUUUGGUGAACAUUAAUGAUCUCCGAAAGAAGAAUCCAACACGAGCUGCAAGCUUGCUCGAAAAUUCUUUUGAAGAACAAAUGUCGUUUGAGAAUGCACUGAAGCAGUUUGUAGCUUCCAUUGAUACAGACUACGCGAAAGGAAAUGCUGAAUUUUUCAUCGGCUUCGAAGGAAGUUUUGGAAGCAGACACGUUACCCCGAGAAGUUUAACUUCAAGAUUUCUCGGAAAUCUUGUAUGCUUAGAGGGCAUUGUUACCAAAUGUAAGGCUAAAAUAUUUUUACCGCAUCAUGCAGUAGUAUACGAGGGUAGUUCAAUAAACCUGCAAAAACUGGAUUUAUGGCCUGGAAAACGAAUUAAUCUUGCUCUCUAUAAAACAUUUUUAUUCUUUCAUUUGCAGGAUGAAGACGGAAACCCCUUGGAAACUCAAUAUGGUCUCUCAACUUACAAAAAUCAUCAAACUCUCUCUAUUCAAGAAAUGCCGGAAAGAGCACCGGCCGGUCAAUUGCCACGUAGUGUUGAUAUCGUUUGCGAUAAUGAUCUCGUGGACGUUUGCAAACCCGGCGACAGAGUUCAAAUUGUUGGCAAUUUUAGAUGCCUGCCAGGAAAGCACGGGGGUUACACAACCGGAACUUUCAGAACAAUCCUGAUCGCAAAUAAUAUCACUCAAUUGAGUAAGGACACAACCCUAACGAUUUCUACAAGUGAUAUUACAAUGUGCAAAAACAUGGCGAAAAACAGGUCACGGAAGAACAUUUUUGAACUUUUGAGUAAGUCCUUGGCGCCCUCAAUUUACGGUCACGAUUAUAUCAAGAAAGCGAUUCUGUGCUUGAUGCUGGGCGGGAAUGAAAAAAUCUUACCGAAUGGAACUAGACUCAGAGGAGAUAUAAACGUCCUCUUGAUUGGAGAUCCUUCAGUUGCAAAGUCCCAGCUUCUUCGUUACGUAUUGUGCACAGCACCGAGAGCAAUUCCAACAACUGGUCGAGGAUCUUCAGGUGUAGGUUUAACAGCGGCCGUAACUUCGGAUCAGGAAACUGGAGAAAGGAGACUUGAGGCUGGCGCUAUGGUUUUGGCCGAUCGAGGAGUCAUUUGCAUUGACGAGUUCGAUAAAAUGUCCGAUAUCGAUAGAACAGCCAUCCACGAGGUGAUGGAACAGGGAAAAGUCACGAUAGCUAAAGCUGGAAUUCAUGCGAGCUUGAAUGCUCGUUGUUCCGUUUUGGCGGCUGCCAAUCCCGUCUAUGGAAGAUACGAUCAAUAUAAAACCCCGAUGGAGAAUAUCGGACUACAGGACUCUUUACUCUCUCGUUUUGAUUUACUCUUUGUAAUGCUGGAUAUCGUGGACCAUGACCAGGAUAAUAUUAUCAGUGACCAUGUUGUGAGAAUGCACCGGUACCGAAGUCCUUCUGAACAAGACGGUGAAGCACUGCCGUUCACAAGCAGUUUGGACGUUCUGAGCACAAAUAAUCCGGAUGCACCGGAAGUUGAGGAAAAGGAGAAGUCGGUCUACGAGAAAUAUGAUCCACUUUUGCAUGGAAAAUUGCGUUCAAGAACGGACCAAAUUCUUACUAUCAACUUUAUGCGUAAAUAUAUUCACAUUGCGCGUUGCAUGAAACCAAAACUGACUGAAGAGGCGUGUAAGGUAAUCGCUGAUGAAUAUUCGAAACUUCGUUCUGAAGAUAUGAUGGAGUCUGAUGUAGCUAGGACCCAACCAAUAACUGCCCGUACAUUAGAAACUCUGAUCCGUUUGUCCACGGCCCAUGCAAAAGCUCGCCUAUCCAAUUUUGUGAACGAGGAAGAUGCAAACGCAGCGAUCGAGUUGGUUCAAUUUGCGUACUUUAAGCGAAUUUUGGAAAAGGAGAAGAAGAAGCGCAGGCGACAUAAUACCGACUCUGGAAAUUCUGAAGUUGAAGGUGAGGCCGAGGGUGUGGAGGCUGAUACCGCGACAAACAGGAAAAAGAAGAGGACGAGGGCUCAAGUUGCUCCCGGUGAAGCCGGUUACGAUCCUUACCAUAUAGAUAGUGAUGACGACUCCCAUAUUGAUGAAGCCGUCCGCCGAGUUACACGCUCCUCGCAAAGACCUGUUGAAGAUUCUGCUCCGGUGAAUGGAUCAACUCCUGCAGAACCUAUGGCUGUUGAAGAACCAGUCGUCAUUUCUGAUGAAAGGCUCCAGAUCUUCCGAACGUUACUAAAUAAAAUCUUCACUGAAAAAAACACUCAAUCCUUGCCAUUAGGAACUAUUCGCGAUUACGUCAAUACAAAACAAAAAACCGAAUUUACUGCAGGAGAAAUUAAAGCUGCAGUCCACAAAAUGACGGAAGCUAAUCAAAUAAUGGAAUCCGACGGACAAGUUUUCUUGAUUUAAGCCAAAUGUGGGUAAGUCGUCGAAAUUCUGGAGAUUUGGCAAAAUCCAGUCGUUAUUCCUUACGCAAGCUCACGAUUGAAAGCUUAGAAAAAAUGGAAAGUUCAGCUAUAAACAACACUUGGGGUUUCUCAUUAAUUUCGUAACAUUAUGCAUCAAAUUUGACAUUAUGCAUUUUCCACGAGUGGUUUAUUCCACAAAUUUUAAGCUGAGGUUGUGUCUUUGCACAAUUAUAUAUAUUUAUAUUUAUUUUUAAUUUCAAAAGGACGAUUUUCUCAACAAAAGUCGAAAAUUCUAAAAAUAGUUUUUGAGAAUGAUGAAUAUUUUAGCUUGAUUAAGUGGAAGAAACGCAGAUCCGAUGCCAUUUAGAAAUAGGUCUAAAGUUAUUAUUUUUUUUGCUGAACCAUUUUCUUAUCUUACAUAUUGUAGGUUUAGAUUGUAAAUACUUGAAACGCAAUGUGAAGAAUAAUUAUCGGGGGGGAUGCGGUAGGAAGUAAUUUUUAGCUUAUAAAAUAAACGUUUUUAAGUCUUUUCUAAAAA